CCAGCAGAUACACAAGAUUGAAGGCUGGAGAGUAAACGUGGAGAAAUCCACCAAUGUUGGAAAGAACUUUUGAGUGUUGCGGGACUAGUUUGUGAUUAGUGUCUGUAGUUUUGUGUGCUAAUAACCUAAACCAUAAAAAACUUAGUGAUAUGGCUGAGGCCGAAUUUGAAACGGACCUUAAAGAUGAUUUUUCAAGUGCAGCAAAAUUUCUUGAAUCAAUUGUUGGUGAUUUGAGUUCUGCACAGUUGUUGGAGUUCUACUCAUACUAUAAACAGGCCACUGCCGGAAGAUGUAACUCAUCUCGCCCAAGCUGGUUCAACCAAACGGCUCGACAAAAAUGGGACGCAUGGAACGCCUUGAAGGACAUGCCUACGGAGGAGGCAAUGAGGCGUUACAUCGCACUGCUAACACAAGUACACCCAGAGUGGCGCGAGAGGGGAGGUGGCGGUGGCGGGGGGUGGGUGAACGUCAGCAGCAUGGCUAACGAGGAGGUGCAACUUACGGAGGGAGAGAAGAAACUGAACGACUGGGUGAGGGAGGGUGAUAAGGAUAAGGUUAGAUUGCAUGCGAAGAAUGACAAUAUCAACGCCUUAGACUCUGAAGGCCUUGGUCCAGUGCACUGGGCAGCGGACCGAGGGAACCUGGACAUGCUGCGGUUCCUGGUUAUUGAUCUACAAGCUGACAAAGAACUGAGGGAUGCAGAUAGUCAGACUCCCCUUCACUACGCCGCGUCGUGUGGACAUUCCGAACUGGUGGAGUGGCUGGUCGCUCAGGGAGCAAACACAAUGGCCAAAGACUCUGAUGGAUCAACUCCUUGUGACGUAGCAGCCGACGAACAUGUUAGAAGUUUGUUAGAGUAGUUCUUGUUGGAUUUGUGUAUUAAAUAUUAUUUACUAGGGA